AUGGAGCUCUCCCUGUUGUACGACAUCCUCUACACCAAGGCUGCCGUGAUCCACACUUGGCCUGGUUACUUCAUCCGUUUCGCCGCAUCCGCCUCCAUUGCUGCCUCGUCUCUGCUGUUCCAUUUCAGUGGCAGGGAUGACCAAAAGGCAGAUGUUGCCGUCACGUACGCCUUGCUGGCUGGGGCAUUCCUUAUGGAGGCAGCAUCCCUGCUGAACGCCCUAGGAUCCUCAUGGGCAUAUGCAUUCUUGUGCACCACACGAUGGAGCCGGCUCCGGUACGCAGCCCUAUGUACCGGAAGGUGGGACCGGCUUCGACACAUUGUCAAGGCUACCAAGAGAAUGGUUGGCAGCAACCAGUCAGGUAGGAGGUGGUCUGGCGAAAUGGGGCAGUAUAACAUGUUACACUACUGCAGUCGCCGCGAGAGGGCCUAUAAACCCCUUUUGGGCAGAUUUGCCGCGAUGUUGGGAUUCGAGGAGUGGUGGAAUAGGAAGCAUUACUCUGCAACAGUUGACAUUUCUGAUAGCCUGAAGCAGGGGUUGUUUGAGUACAUACACAGAUUAACAGAGACGGGUUUGAAUUCACAGGGUGUAAUCAGAAAGAGCUGGGGUCAAGACGCACUUGAGAGGGAGGACCGGGACUUGUAUGAGCGUAUCAAGAAUGAAAGAAACCUCGGCGUUGAGUUCCAAGAGGGAGUCAUAAUAUGGCACAUCGGCACAGACAUCUUCCUAGCCAAAAGCAGAAGAGAUGCCGGCGACGACGACACAGCUGAUCUGGUGAAGGGUAUAAGGAUGCUGUCCAAUUACAUGAUGUUCCUCCUCAUUGACCACCCUAAAAUGCUCCCUGGCCUUGCCCAGAACAUGCUGUACCGGCGAACCUGCGAAAAUCUAUCAGACAGGUGCAAGAACCAUGGCCAUCCAAGAACUGGAAAUGUUGGUGCAGUGCUCAAGGAAAUAUUCCGCCUGAAUGAUGGCCCUACUGUCACUGAACUGAGCCACAUAAAUGAGCUCGCAAACGCCGUGUACAAGGAGAGGCCGAAAUACAGCCACGCUGUUCCUCGCCUCUGUUAUGCUAAUGAAGUUGCUAAAAAACUACUUGACAGAGAGAAGGACAAAGGCAGCAGGGCCGUGUUGAAUUUGGUCCUUGAUGUCUGGAUGGAUUUCCAAGUGUACGCAGCCAAUCGAUGCAGCAGGGAAUCCCACGUCAGGAUGCUCAGCAGCGGCGGUGAGUUGACGAGCGUUGUCUGGAUUAUGACAGACUUCCUCAACCAAGAAGCCUACGCUCGUCAUAGGGAUUGA